AGACAGGGGAGAGAAAACGUCCAUCACAUCCUAGCUCCGCCCCCAAAGGCUGCUAGGGCCAAUUAGCGGCCCGCAGGGGCGGGCGCCAGACUAGAGGCGGAGGCUGCUGUUGCCCCAGCAACAACCAGGGAGCCCGAAGGCGGGCGCAGCCUCGGAGGGAUCCGCGCCUCAGGUCUCUCGCUGCCAGGAAGAUCCUAGGAGAGGCGCGAGCCAAGCCUAGGAAGUCGGCGUCCGCGGAGAGAGGGACAGGUCAGGCCCAUGAACUGCAAUCCCCGCGGCCUCUUCUCCCCACCUAACCGUUAGGUGCGCUGAGGGCCAUGGCUGAGGUGCACGUGAUCGGGCAGAUCAUGGGGGCCACCGGUUUCUCGGAAAGUAGCCUCUUCUGCAAGUGGGGCAUCCACACAGGGGCGGCAUGGAAGCUCCUGUCAGGUGUGCGGGAGGGCCAAACACAGGUGGACACCCCCCAAGUAGGGGACAUGGCCUACUGGUCCCACCCCAUCGACCUGCACUUCGCCACCAAAGGCCUCCAAGGCUGGCCCCGGCUCCAUCUCCAGGUGUGGUCGCAGGACAGCUUUGGCCGCUGUCAGCUUGCAGGCUACGGCUUUUGCCACGUGCCCAGCAGUCCGGGCACCCACCAGCUGGACUGCCCCACGUGGCGGCCCCUAGGCAGCUGGCGGGAGCAGCUGGCGCGGGCCUUCGUGGGUGGCGGCCCUCAGCUGCUGCACGGGGACGCCGUCUACAGCGGGGCCGACCGCUAUCGCCUGCACACGGCCGCCGGCGGCACCGUGCACCUGGAGCUGGGGCUGCUGCUGCGCCACUUCGACCGCUACGGCGUGGAGUGCUGACUGGUCUCCCAGGCAGGCCCUUGUCCAGAGCCCUGCCCACCUGUCGAGGGCCGGGAUGGCCCAGGGGUCAGAAGCGUGGGCUCUGGACACUGCUGGAUCUGACCCCGGCCAACCAGGGGCAUGGCUUCUGUCCUGGCUAGCACCUCAAGCCCCGUGGCUGCCCCCUCAGGUCCAGUUCCCCCAUCUGUAAAAUGGGGGCAAUAAGCGUGUGGGGCCACGGGGUGCUGGGUGAGAUGAGGCUGCUUUGCCCAAGGAAGUGCUCAAUAAAGGAGAGCAGUUCUUAACAGG